AUGGAGACCCCAUACAAGAACCAAGUGUUUCAAUUUGGCCUUACGCCAAAGUGUAACCCUCCUCACCAAAGUAGUCCAACUAUGCCCGACAUUAUGCAGUUGUUAUCGCCGUCUUUUCUGGCGGUGUUUGCAGACAGCAAAAAUACGUUGACGUCACCAGCACUUGAGUAUUCCCUUGCAAAUACCAUACUCGAAGAUACAACACCCGAGAAGAGUCAGACAACUCCUAACCAUGGCAUCCAUAAACAAACUCGCAGACGACUUCGUCUUAGUGCAGGUCAUACACCUUCACCACACAAGCCAAGAUACAGUGAAGAUCCCUUGACAAAACUUCAACACAAUCCCAUGUUCAAUGAUUUAACAAAGCUACUCGCAGAAGAAUGCCACCACAUGCAAGUGCCGACCAACUUGAUGAAUAUCACAUGGGAUCAUAAAAUAACUACUACUUCGAAUGUCCAUAUUGGUCACCUAAAGCUUCAGAAAAGGUUCCUUCAGUUCAGAUCAGACGAUAGACUUCCAACGAAGGUGCGUGAAAUUGAAUGCAGAUACAGCAAAGAAGUUAACACGAUGGAGGUUGCCAGAUACUUAGAAAUUAGUUCUAGUAAUAAUUCUUCGGAACAAACAUUAGCCGUCCAUGACCGGUUCGACUAUUGUCGCCUUCAGCUUAUAUCAGACACAAACAGAAGUAUGGAUGCCCUCGAACAACAAAUAAAGGAACAUCACCAUGAAUUAAGUUUUACAUCAAACGAUAGCAGCUACAACACUGACUAUUCAAGUUCAACUCAGUAUUCAGAUAUUGACGUCCUUGGCCUUGCUAUGGCUGCUGCAGACGUUCAUCCGUCUCAUAUAAACGUUAAACAACAUCUCAAUACUAUGAGAUCAAAGCAUAUUCCAAGUCUACUGGAAACUUUCGAUUUGCCACGUCAUGAUUUUAUUCAAAGCCAGGUAGAUGUUUCACCUCCAAUCAACGUGCAAUCAGCACAAAACACCCAGAGACCGACGCCUUCGUUGAAACGGAAGUUUGAAGAUGAGCAAUCAUUUGUCGAUUACCGACAGCAAAAGAAAUCCAAGCCUGAAAGCUUUGCUCAAAGACGUCAAAUAACCACAGAAGCAACAACAGUUUUGACCAUAUGGUACGAGAAUCAUUUAAGCUAUCCCUACCCAACAGACGAAGAAGUAGAGACUCUGACCAUCCUGACCAGCCUAUCAACACAACAAGUAAAGAAAUGGAUGGCAAACAAAAGAGUUCGUUGUUUCAAUACCUUGUCAAUAACUGGUAACACCCAUCCCAUUAAAGCAAAGCUAGCAGGGAAAAAGAAGAACAUCGAUAUAACCAAGCAGCUUACUGAAAAAUCAAGAGUAGUUCUGAAUAAUUGGUAUCAGCACCACAUUGAAAAACCUUAUCCAUCGGAGCAAGAAAAGAAAAUGCUGGCACUAGAAGCAAGAAUCACCAUAGCGCAGGUGAAGUCGUGGUUUGCUAAUAAAAGAAGCAGAGCAAAUAACAGAAAGCGCCAAGUACCAAACUACUUCCUUGAAAAGUUUCCUGAAUAUGCACCUCAUGUGCAGUUGGUUCAAGAACAAAGAGACCAAUCAAGAAGGAAGUGUCGUCUGCAACCUGUUGCAUUCCUUCCAGAACAUGCCAUGAUCAACAAUGAAAACAGUUACUGGUGA